AAGUUUUGAUUAUUAUCAACAGGGCCAGCGGCGCAUCCAGGUCAUAUAUAUGGGCGCGUCCAUCAACGAGAGUCCCCAAACCCCAACAUCCACAGAUCUCAGAUUCCCUGUUAGUUUGUUAGCCGAUCUACCAGAGAUGGACAUCGACGACAUCAUCCAGCGCCUCCUCGACGCCGAGCACAGCUCGCCGGAAGACCAUCCGCCGCUCUCCAACGCCGAGAUCAAGCUCCUCUGCGCCGCCGCCACGAAGGUCCUCCUUUCCCAGCCCACGCUCCUGCGCCUCGACGCCCCCAUCAACAUCUCCGGUGACAUCCACGGGCAGUACUCCGACCUUCUUCGCAUAUUCCGUGCAACCGGGUUCCCGUCGGACGCCAACCGCUACCUUUUCCUCGGCGACUACGUCGACCGCGGCAGCCGCAGCAUCGAGACCAUCUGCCUCCUCCUCGCCUACAAGGUCAAGUACCCCGACGCCUUCUUCCUCAUCCGGGGAAACCACGAGUGCUCCUCCGUCAACCGCUCCUACGGCUUCCUGGACGAGUGCGAGAGACGAGGCCUGGAGAAGGACAAGCUCUGGAAUACCAUCAACGGCUGCUUCGACUGCCUACCGCUGGCGGCGCUCGUCGGAAACAAGAUCGGCAAGAAAAUCUUCUGCGUGCACGGCGGCCUGUCGCCGGAGCUGGAGAGCAUGGACCAAAUACGCCGAGUCAAACGCCCACUGCCGGUCCCCGACGAGGGCCUCGUGUGCGACCUUCUCUGGUCGGACCCCGACGCCGCCGACGAGUGGGGGUGGGGCGAGUCGACCAGGGGCAGGUCCGUCACGUUCGGGUCCGACUUGGUGGACGAGUUCGUGGAGAAGAACGGGCUGGCCAUGGUGUGCAGGGCGCACGAGGUGAAGCAGGGCGGCUACGAGUGGUUCGCGGACAGGAAGCUCGUCACCGUCUUCUCCGCGCCCAACUACGCCGGCCAAUGCGACAACGCCGGCGCGGUCAUGACCGUGGACAGAAAUCUCACCUGCUCCUUCCACAUCAUCGAGCCUACUCCGCUUCAAGAUCUUGCUGAUAACUUGCAUGUUCUUAAGCACGCGUGAGUGCACUAAUAGUUAGUCGAGCAUUUUCUUUUCUUUUUUCCUUUUUAAAUGGAGGUCUUGUAGAUGAAUAUGACUCAUUCAUGUACUAGCAGACAAGACAUUAUUUCACUUUACUAGUAUGAGUGAUGUUUGUCUCCAAUUGAACUGCUA